AACCGACGUAUACCGGUCAGUAUGGUCUGCAUUGGUGUCGUGCACGUGCCCCGUCAACUUGUAUAGGUAAGAUCGCUGUCCGGGGUGACCGCCGUCCUGAAAAGUGAAGCCCUGAAAUAACAGAGCUACCAGAGAGGGAUUUAACUGAUGAUGAGAAACAGAAGAUUGCCUUAGAGAUGAACCUAUCUGAAACAGCAUAUGUGAGAACCCUCAAUGAUGGUAUACAAACUGGAUCGAAGUUCGAAUUGAGGUGGUUCACGCCUACGAAUGAAGUACCGUUAUGUGGUCAUGCAACGCUGGCAUCAGCUGCAGUCUUAUUCAAUGUUGUCGGAAAUCCAUCUGAUGUAUUAACAUUUGUAACUAAGACGAGAGGUGAAUUAUAUGCUCGUCGCCAUAGUGAUGGAUAUAUCUGCAUGGAUUUCCCAUCAUACAACACAGAGAAAGUGGAUGUCGACAAAGAACCUUUCCAAUCAAUGAUAAAGACCACCAUUGCCGAUUUACCAUACCAAGAUCUACAAUAUUCUGAUGAAACCAAAACAUUUAUCAUCAGGCUAACUGAUUCAACUAAAAGAUCUGAUUUUGAAAGAUUUCUUCCCAACAUCAGUGCGAUGCAUGAAUGCGACCUUGAAGGAAAACAUGUCCAUUAUGUGAUAGCUGCAUUGAAAGGUUGCCAUGACAAUGAUGCAGUUGAUGAUAGUGGAACGUCCUACGAUUUCGUGUCUCGUUUUUUCAGUCCAUGGAAUGGUGUACCCGAGGAUCCUGUUACAGAUGUGUUAGAAAAGCUGUCACCAAACACGGCUGCCAUGUUUGAAUUGGAUACAGACGGUCGAACGUUUGUUGAUGUGAUUGUUACACUUCACGGGAAAAAUGAAGUUCAAGGUUUCCCAAACUAUGAUUUGCUGUCAAGAGUAUUUAGUCCCUGGGACGGGUUGCCAGAAGAUCCUGUUACAGGAUCGGCGCAUGCAGUAUUAUCAAGUUAUUGGUCCAAACAAUUAAAGAAAAGGAACUUGUAUGCUCGUCAAUGCUCUAAACGAGGUGGUGAGAUUAAGAUGACGGUUAAAGAUAACGGACGUGUUGAUAUUGCGGGACAAGCCGUGGUUAUGAUGAAAGGAAAGCUCACAAUUUAA